AUGAGUGCCCACUGCCUCCCUAUCCUUCUUCUCCAUGCCUGGUGGGCUCUACUCCAGCCGCGCGCCGCGACGGUGGCCGCCUUUCCUCUGUGGACACGGGGUCAGCCCUCGUCACCAUCCUCUCUCGCGUACAUGCUGAGCCUCUACCGAGACCCGCUGCCUCGGGCGGACAUCAUCCGCAGCCUCCAGGCGCAAGACGUGGAAGUGAGUGGGCAGAACUGGACCUUCGCGUUUGACUUCUCUUUUCUGAGCCAAGAAGAGGAUCUGGCAUGGGCGGAGCUCCGGCUGCCGCUGCCCGGCCCUGUGGACCUCCCCACGGAGGGCCCACUCACCAUUGAAAUUUUCCACCAGGCAAAGCUGGACCCAGGGCAGGACCCAAGCGACUGCCUGGAGCGAGUUCGGAUGGAGCGGUUCACGAUCGCCCGGUCUCAGGUGACUUUUUCCACAGACAGCACUGUCCUGGAGGUGACCCGGCCACUCUCCAGGUGGCUAAAGGACCCCAGGGCACUGGAGAAGCAGAUAUCCGGUCUGAAAGGAAAGUGCUGGAAUCAGCCCCACAUCCCACCCCUCACCGUCGCCAGCACCAACGUGCUCAUGCUCUACUCCAACCGGCCUCAGGAGCAGAGGCAGCUGGGUGGCGCCACUUUGCUCUGGGAAGCCGAAAGUUCCUGGCGGGCCCAGGAGGGACAGCUGUCUGAAGACCGGGGCCGAUGGGCCAGAAGGCACCGGAGACAUCACUUGCCAGACAGAAGCCAGCUGUGCAGGAGGGUCAAGUUCCAGGUGGACUUCAACCUGAUUGGCUGGGGCUCCUGGAUCAUCUACCCCAAACAGUACAACGCCUAUCGCUGUGAGGGCGAGUGUCCUAACCCUGUCGGGGAGGAGUUUCACCCUACCAACCACGCCUAUAUCCAGAGCCUAUUGAAACGCUACCAGCCCCACCGGGUCCCGUCCACAUGCUGUGCCCCUGUGAAGACCAAGCCACUGAGCAUGCUCUAUGUGGACAAUGGCAGGGUGCUCCUGGAACACCACAAGGACAUGAUUGUGGAGGAGUGUGGGUGCCUCUGACGGAGCCAGGGAGGUGCUGAAUCAGCUUGCCCUCCACAGUGCUGCACUCCGGGGAGACCCCACAGUGUCUAUCGGGGAGCAGAAAUGGAAGAAAGGCUCUGCCCGCCAGAGCGGAAGAGGAAGGCCUGCCCCCUGUGCAUACAGGGCUCUGAGACCUGCCAGGCCAGAGGCGACUGCGGGGGAGGCAGGAAUGGGGAAGCCUUGCAGGGGCUGGCUGGGCUCCCUGGAAACAGGGGUUAUGAACUGAGCGAGUGCUUUUUAAACUUUGAAGCCCUUGAGAUGGUGUGCAAAGGCUGGGGUAUAUAUGUAUUUAUUUUUGAGGCCUUCUGUAGCUUUCCUGUGUUCUUCAAAGCGGUCUGUGACCCACUGCCUCCCUAAAGAUCGGUAUAAUGUUAUUAGAUUAAAACUAGCCAUUUGGCUCUCCCUGCUUCAAGCUGGGCUAGGGGAACCCCACAACUUUCUGGCUGGCUGGGGCUAAUGUGGCCUUCCUCAGCGGCUCCCUGAUCUCUGCUAAUGAGUUGCCUAAACAAUAAAGCCACUGUCCAGCUCUCCCGGGGCCAGCUGGUGCCUUUGACCAGAGAGGCGGGCACUUGUCCAAGAGGGACUGGCCCAGGUGGACAAUAUAGAAGCCAGAGCG